AUGAGAAAGAACAGAGGUUUCAGGCUAAGACACAAGCUAGUGAGAAUCUUCAAAUGGAUUAUCCUACCCAGAAAAGACCUGAAUCGAUGCCAGAGACUGGAGCCUCCGACCCAAAACUACAACCCCAUUUCCAAAUUCUUCACCUUGGCUCGGUUUCUUCGGCGUGGAGCAAAGCAGAUCUGUUCGGCAAACUCGGGUUAUAUUCGGAUCCGUGAAGCCCCUGUUGAAACCAAAGUUGCAAAACCGGUUUCUGUACCGAAAGGGCAUCUGGCUGUGUACCUGUUGAAGGAGGCUGAGAAGGUUUAUGGGUUCAAUCAUCCAGGUCGGAUCGUGAUACCAUGUGAGGUUUCGGAGUUUGAGAAGGUGCAUAUGAAGAUUGCCGCAUGGGAUCAAUGCCCAAGGCGGAGAAGGAAAAGCCGUCGCUAG